GGUGACCUUCUGGGUAACACAGGCCGAAGGCUGGCGGGCAGCAGGAAGGCAGGGUGCCGGCCCCCCAGAACUCAUCUCCCAGGGCACCAUCUCCUGGGUGCCACGGUGGCCUUUCGGUUCCAGUUUCCAGCAUACUUCCAGCACAGCUCACUGAAGCCAUGCAGAAAGGCUGGGGCAUGCGAGGCGAGGACGUGGGCACGAGGGCACCCCCCAGCCCCGGGGUGCCCCCGAAGAGGGCCAAGGUGGGGGCCAGCGGAGGGGCCAUGGCUGGAGCACCCAUCUUCCUGCAGCCCCUGAAGGACACAGCUGUACUGGCGGGCAGCGACAUGCGGCUGCGGGUGGUGGUGAGCGGGACGCCCCAGCCCAGACUCAGCUGGUUCCGGGACGGGCAACUCCUGCCCCCACCGGCCCCUGAGCCCAGCUGCCUGUGGCUGCGUAGCUGCGGGGUGCAGGAUGCCGGCGUGUACAGCUGCAAGGCCCAGAACGAGCGGGGCCAGGCCUCCUGUGAGGCUGUUCUCACAGUGUUGGAGGUCGGAGACUCGGAGACAGGCGAGGAUGACAUCAGCGAUGUGCAGGGGACCCAGCGCCUGGAGCUUCAGGAUGACAGGGACUUCAGCACCCCCACGGGGGGCUCCGACACCCUGGUGGGCACCUCUCUGGACACACCCCCAACCUCCGUGACAGGCACUUCAGAGGAGCAAGUGAGCUGGUGGGGCAGCGGGCAGACGGUCUUGGAGCAGGAAGCGGGCAGCAGGGGUGGCAUCUGCCGCCUCCCGGGCAGCCCAAGGCAAGCACAGGCAACCGGGGCCGGGCCACGGCACCUGGGGGUGGAGCCGCUGGUGCGGGCAUCUCGAGCUAAUCUGGUGGGCGCAAGCUGGGGGUCAGAGGAUAGCCUUUCGGUGGCCAGUGACCUGUAUGGCAGCGCAUUCAGUCUGUACAGAGGACGGGCGCUCUCGAUCCACGUCAGCGUCCCUCAGAGCGGACUACACAGGGAGGAACCUGACCUUCAGCCUCAGCCGGCCAGUGAAGCCCCACGUCGCCCGGCCCUACCGCCUCCCUCCAAAUCCGCGCUGCUGCCACCACCGUCCCCUCGGGUGGGUAAGCGGCCCCCGCCGGGACCCAGCACCCAACCCCCGGCCACCCCCACAUUACCCCACCGGCGCACCCAGGAGCCCGUGCUGCCCGAGGACGCCACCGCCGAAGAGAAGCGAGGGAAAAAGUCCAAGUCGUCGGGGCCCUCGCUAGCUGGCACUGCAGAGUCCCGGCCCCAGACGCCCUUGAGCGAGGCCUCGGGCCGCCUGUCAGCGCUGGGCCGCUCGCCGCGCUUGGUGCGGGCCGGCUCCCGCAUUCUGGAUAAGCUGCAGUUUUUCGAGGAGCGACGGCGCAGCCUGGAGCGCAGCGACUCGCCGCCGGCGCCCCUGCGGCCGUGGGUGUCCCUGCGCAAGGCCCGCUCGCUGGAGCAGCCCAAGUCCGAGGGCGGCGCACCGUGGGGCACGUCCGAGGCCUCGCAGGAGGAGCUGCGGGCGGCGGCGGGCACCGUGGCCGAGCGGCGCCGCCUGUUCCAGCAGAAGGCGGCCUCGCUGGACGAGCGCACGCGGCAGCGCAGCCCGGCCUCCGACCUCGAGCUGCGCUUCGCCCAGGAACUGGGCCGUAUCCGCCGCUCCACGUCGCGGGAGGAGCUGGUGCGCUCGCACGAGUCCCUGCGCGCCACGCUGCAGCGUGCUCCGUCCCCUCGAGAGCCCGGCGAGCCCCCGCUUUUCUCCCGGCCCUCAACCCCCAAGACCCCGCGGGCGGAGAGCCCCGCCGCCGCCCAGCUGCCCCCUCCCAGCGUCGCGGGGAAGCCGGGGGACGAGCCGGGGAGGCCCCGGGGCCGCGGACCGGCAGGCAGAUCGGAGCCGGGGGAAGGCCCGCAGCAGGAGGUUAGGCGCCGGGACCAGUUCCCGCUGACCCGGGGUAGGGCCAUCCAGGAGUGCCGGAGCCCCGUGCCACCCCCGGCCGCCGAUGCCCCCGAGGCCAGGACGAGAGCACCCCCGAGUCGGAAGCGGGAGCCCCCGGCGCAGACCGUGCGCUUCCUGCCCUGGGCCACGCCGGGCCAGGAGGGCGCUGCUGUGUCCCAGACCUUGGAGAAAAACAGGGCGGGGCCUGAGGCCGAGAAAAGACUGCGCAGAGGACCAGAGGAGGAUGGUCCUUGGGGUGCCUGGGACCGCCGAGGGGCUCGCAGCCAGGGCAGAGGUCGCCGGGCCCGGCCCACCUCGCCUGAGAUUGAGUCCUCAGAUGACUCCUAUGUAUCCGCUGGAGAAGAGCCCCUGGAAGCCCCCUUGUUUGAGAUCCCCCUGCAGAAUGCAGUCGUGGCCCCAGGGACAGACACGCUGCUCAAGUGUAUCAUCACUGCCAACCCUCCACCCCACGUGUCCUGGCAGAAGGAUGGGUCCCCGCUGCGCAGUGAUGGCCGCCUUCUCAUCCGGGCUGAAGGCGAGCGGCAUACCCUGCUGCUCCGGGAGGCUCGGGCGGCUGAUGCUGGGAGUUACACAGCUACUGCCACCAAUGAGCUGGGCCAGGCCAGCUGUGCUGCUCUUCUGGCCGUAAGACCGGGUGGGUCCACAUCCCCUUUCAGCAGCCCCAUCACCUCUGACGAGGAGUACCUGAGCCCCCCAGAGGAGUUCCCGGAGCCUGGGGAGACCUGGUCCCAAACCCCCACCAUGAAGCUCAGUCCCAGCCAGAACCACCACUCCUCGGAUAUGGGCUCCAAGGCACCCCCCACUUUCAAGGUGUCACUUAUGGACCAGUCAGUAAGAGAAGGCCAAGAUGUCACCAUGAGCAUCCGUGUGCAGGGGGAGCCCAAGCCGGUGGUCUCCUGGCUGAGAAACCGUCAGCCAGUGCGCCCAGACCAGCGGCGCUUUGCUGAGGAGGCAGAGGGUGGGCUGUGCCGGCUGCGGAUCCUGGCUGCUGAGCGCGGUGACGCCGGCUUCUACACUUGCAAAGCGGUUAAUGAGUAUGGUGCUCGGCAGUGUGAGGCCCGCCUAGAAGUCAGAGCACAUCCUGAAAGCCGGUCCCUGGCCGUGCUGGCCCCCCUGCAGGACGUGGACGUGGGGGCCGGGGAGAUGGCGCUGUUUGAGUGCUUGGUGGCAGGUCCUGCCGACGUGGAGGUAGACUGGCUGUGCCGAGGCCGCCUGCUGCAGCCUGCGCUACUCAAAUGCAAGAUGCAUUUCGAUGGCCGCAAAUGCAAGCUGCUGCUCACCUCUGUACAUGAGGACGACAGUGGCAUCUACACCUGCAAGCUCAGCACGGCCAAAGAUGAGCUGACCUGCAGUGCCCGGCUGGCUGUGCGACCCUCACUGGCACCUCUGUUCACACGGCUGCUUGAGGAUGUGGAGGUACUGGAGGGCCGCGCUGCCCACUUUGACUGCAAGAUCAGUGGCACCCCACCCCCGUCUGUUACCUGGACUCAUUUUGGCCAGUCUGUGGAGGAGAGCGAGAACGUGCGGCUUCGGCAGGAAGGGGGCCUGCACUCACUGCACAUUACCCACGUGGGCAGUGAGGAUGAGGGGCUCUAUGAGGUCAGUGCUACCAACACACAUGGCCAGGCCCACUGCUCAGCCCAGCUCUACGUGGAGGAGCCUCGGACAGCUGCCACUGGCCCUAGCUCUAAGCUGGAGAAGAUGCCAUCCAUCCCUGAGGAGCCAGAGCAAGGUGAGCUGGAGCGGCUGUCCAUGCCCGACUUCCUGCGGCCACUGCAGGACCUGGACGUGGGGCUGGCCAAGGAGGCCAUGCUGGAGUGCCAGGUGACCGGCCUGCCCUACCCCACCAUCAGCUGGUUCCACAAUGGCCACCGCAUCCAGAGCAGCGAUGACCGGCGCAUGACACAGUACAGGGAUGUCCAUCGCUUGGUGUUCCCUGCUGUGGGACCUCAGCAUGCUGGUGUCUACAAGAGCGUCAUUGCCAACAAGCUGGGCAAAGCUGCCUGCUAUGCCCACCUCUAUGUCACAGAUGUGGUUCCGGGCCCCCCAGAUGGCGCGCCGCAGGUGGUGGCUGUGACCGGGAGGAUGAUCGCGCUCACAUGGAGCCCUCCCAGGAGUCUGGACACGGCCAUCGACCCAGAUGCCCUGACCUACACCGUGCAGCACCAGGUGCUGGGCUCAGACCAGUGGACUGCGCUGGCCACGGGCCUGCGGGAACCCAGGUGGGCGGCCACGGGGCUGCGGAAGGGGGCCCAGCACAUCUUCCGGGUCCUCAGCACCACCAUCAAGAGCAGCAGCAAGCCCUCCCCUCCCUCAGAGCCCGUGCAGCUGCUGGAGCACGGCCCACCCCUGGAGGAGGCACCCGCUGUGCUGGAUAAGCCAGACACCGUGUAUGUGGUGGAAGGACAGCCCACCAGUGUCACUGUCACCUUCAACCAUGUGGAGGCUCAGGUCAUCUGGAGGAGCUGCCGAGGGGCCCUCCUGGAGGCACGGGCAAGUGUGUACGAGCUGAGCCAGCCAGAUGAUGACCAGUACUGUCUUCGGAUUUGCCGGGUGAGCCGCCGAGACAUAGGGCCCCUCACCUGCACUGCCCGCAACCGCCACGGCACACAGGCCUGCUCAGUCACGCUGGAGCUGGCAGAGGCCCCUCGGUUUGAGUCCAUCAUGGAGGACGUGGAGGUGGGGACUGGGGAAACCGCCCGCUUCGCUGUGGUGGUUGAGGGGAAACCACUGCCGGACAUCCUGUGGUACAAGGAUGAGGCGCUGCUGACCGAGAGCAGCCAUGUGAGCUUCGUGUAUGAGGAGAACGAGUGUUCCCUGGUGGUGCUCAGCACGGGGCCCCAGGAUGGAGGCGUCUACACCUGCACCGCCCAGAACCUGGCUGGCAAUGUCUCCUGCAAGGCAGAGUUGGCUGUGUGUUCAGCUCAGACAGCUAUGGAGGUGGAGGCGGUAGGGGAAGAUGAGGAGCAGCGAGGAAGGAGACUCAGCGACUUUUAUGACAUCCACCAGGAGAUUGGCAGGGGUGCCUUCUCAUACCUGCGACGCGUGGUGGAGCGUAGCUCUGGCCUGGAGUUUGCAGCCAAGUUCAUCCCUAGCCAGGCCAAGCCAAAGGUAUCAGCAUGGCGGGAGGCCCGGCUGCUGGCCCGGCUCCAGCAUGACUGUGUCCUCUACUUCCAUGAAGCCUUUGAGAGGCGUCGAGGACUGGUCAUUGUCACUGAGCUAUGCACCGAGGAGCUGUUGGAACGAAUGGCCAGGAAACCCAUCGUGUGUGAGUCUGAGAUUCGGACCUACAUGAGACAGGUGCUGGAAGGAAUAUGCUACCUGCACCAGAAUCAUGUGCUACACCUGGAUGUCAAGCCUGAAAACCUGCUAGUAUGGGAUGGUGCGGAGGGUGAAGAGCAGGUACGGAUCUGUGACUUUGGGAACGCCCAGGAGCUGACUCUGGGAGAGCCCCAGUACUGCCAGUAUGGCACACCUGAGUUCGUGGCACCUGAGAUUGUCAACCAGACCCCUGUGUCUGGAGUCACUGACAUCUGGCCUGUGGGCGUUGUUGCCUUCCUCUGUCUGACAGGAAUCUCCCCUUUUGUUGGGGAAAAUGAUCGGACAACAUUAAUGAACAUCCGAAACUACAACGUGGCCUUUGAGGAGACCACAUUCCUGAGCCUGAGCAGGGAGGCCCGGGGCUUCCUCAUCAAAGUGCUGGUGCAGGACAGGCUGAGGCCUACCGCAGGAGAGACUCUAGAACAUCCUUGGCUCAAAACACAGGCAAAGGGUGCAGAGGUGAGCACAGAUCACCUGAAGCUAUUCCUCUCCCGGCGGAGGUGGCAGCGCUCUCAGAUCAGCUACAAGUGCCACCUGGUGCUGCGCCCCAUCCCUGAGCUGCUGCGGGCACCCCCAGAGCGGGUGUGGGUGACCGUGCCCAGAAGACAACCCCCCAGUGGGGGGCUCUCAUCCUCCUCCGACUCUGAAGAGGAAGAGCUGGAGGAGCUGCCCUCAGUGCCCCAGCCACUGCAGCCCGAGUUCUCGGGCUCCCGGGUGUCACUCACUGACAUUCCCACUGAGGAUGAGGCCCUGGGGGCCCCAGAGGCUGGGGCAGCCACCCCCAUGGACUGGCAGGAGCAGGGAAGGGUCCCCUGUCUGGACCAGGAGGCCCCCAGUCUUCAGGGUUUCCCCUCCCCAGGCCAGGAGUCCCUGGCUGGGCCCAGCCCCCAGCGGAGAGAGCUCCGGAGGGGCAGCUCAGCUGAGAGCGCCCUGCCCCGGGCCGGGCCGGGGGAGCCGGGCCGGGGCCUGCACAAGGCAGCCUCUGUGGAGCUGCCUCAGCGCCGGAGUCCCAGCCCGGGAGCCACCCGCCUGACCCGGGGAGGUCUGGGUGAGGCUGAGUACGCCCAGAGGCUGCAGGCUCUGCGCCAGCGGUUGCUACGGGGAGGCCCUGAGGAUGGCAAGGUCAGCGGCCUCAGGGGCCCCCUGCUAGAGAGCCUGGGGGGCUGUGCUCGGGACCCCCGGCUGGCACGGGCUGCCUCCAGUGAGGCAGCACCCCACCACCAACCCCCACCCGAGACACGGGGCCUGCAGAAGAGCAGCAGCUUCUCACAGGGUGAGACAGAGCCCAGGGGCCGGCACCGCCGUGCUGGGGCACCUCUCGAGAUCCCUGUGGCCCGGCUUGGGGCCCGCAGGCUACAGGAGUCUCCUUCCUUGUCUGCCCUCAGCGAGGCCCAGUCACCCAGCUCUGCGGAGCCCAGUGCCCCCAAACCCACUGCCCAUAAGUCCUCAGAACCUCCUGCCUCCACAGUCAGCGAUGCUCCCGAGCCCUCGGCACCCCAGCCUACCCAAAAGAAGGCCGCAGAGUCCGUGCCAGCACCAGCACCAGCCCCCAAGCUUACACAGCGCCCUGUGGCUCUGCAAACCCUAGCGCCCCCGCUCACACCCUAUGCCCAGAUCAUGCAGACGCUCCAGCUGGCAGACCACGCGCAAGGCCCCCCGCAGGGCCCUGCCUCACCUCAGUCGGAGCCCAAGCCCCACCCGGCUGUGUUCGCUCGCGUGGCCUCCCCACCUCCGGGAGCCUCCCAGAAGCGCGCGCCUUCGGCCGGGCCUCCCACUCUGCUAGCCGAGAAAGCCCAGGUGCCCACGGUGCGCACGGUGCCCCGCAGGCCAGGUAGCGGUCCCAGCAGCGGCAUCGAGAACCUGGAGUCAGAGGCUGUGUUCGAGGCCAAGUUCAAGCGCAGCCGUGAGUCGCCCCUGUCGCGGGGGCUGCGGCUGCUGAGCCGCUCGCGCUCCGAAGAGCGCGGCCCCUUCCGCGGGGCUGAGGAGGAUGGCAUGUACCGGCCCAGCCCGGCGGGGACGCCGCUGGAGCUAGUGCGACGGCCUGAGCGCUCCCGCUCCGUGCAGGACCUGAGGGCGGUCGGGGAGCCGGGCCUCGUCCGCCGCCUCUCGCUGUCGCUGUCCCAGCGCCUGCGGCGGACCCCGCCCGCACAGCGCCACCCGGCCUGGGAGGCCCGCAGUGGCGACGGGGAGAGUUCGGAGGGUGGCAGCUCGGCGCGGGGCUCCCCGGUGCUGACGGUGCGCAGGAGGCUCAGCUCCACGCUGGAGCGGCUGUCGAGCCGGCUGCAGCGCAGCGGCAGCAGCGAGGACUCGGGAGGCGCGUCGGGCCGCAGCACGCCGCUGUUCGGAAGGCUGCGCAGGGCCACGUCCGAGGGCGAGAGUCUGCGGCGCCUCGGGCUCCCGCAAAACCAGCUGGCUGCCCAGGCCGGGGCCACCACGCCUUCUGCAGAGUCCCUGGGCUCCGAAGCCAGCGCCACGUCGGGCUCCUCAGCUCCUGGGGAAAGGCGAAGCCGGCUGCGCUGGGGACUCUCUAAGCUGAGGAAGGACAAGGGGUUAUCACAGCCAAGCCUCUCCGCCAGCGAUCAAGAGGAUUUGGGUCACCAGUAUGUGCGCAGUGAAUCAGACUUCCCCCCAGUCUUCCACAUCAAACUCAAGGACCAGGUGCUGCUGGAGGGAGAGGCAGCCACCCUGCUUUGCCUGCCUGCAGCCUGCCCUACACCCCACAUCUCCUGGAUGAAAGACAAGCAGUCCCUGCGGUCAGAGCCUUCUGUGAUCAUUGUGUCCUGCAAAGAUGGACGGCAGCUGCUGAGCAUCCCCCGGGUGGGCAAGCGGCAUGCUGGGCUCUAUGAGUGCUCAGCCACCAACGUGCUAGGCAGCAUCACCAGCUCCUGUACUGUGGCUGUGGCCCGUGUUCCAGGAAAGCUAGCGCCUCCUGAAGUGCCCCAAACCUACCAGGACACAGCACUGGUGCUGUGGAAGCCAGGAGACAGCCGGGCACCUUGCACGUACACGCUGGAGCGGCAGGUGGAUGGGGAGUCUGCCUGGCAUCCCGUGACCUCAGGAAUCCCCAACUGUUACUACAACGUGACCCAGCUGCCGGUUGGUGUGACUGUGAGGUUCCGUGUAGCCUGUGCCAACCGUGCUGGGCAAGGGCCUUUCAGCAACCCUUCUGAGAAGGUCCUCGUCAAGGGCAUGCAAGAUUCCUCAGCUCUGCCAUCUGCUCCUCGCCAAGAAGCCCCUGUUACCUCAGGGCCAGCCAGGGCCCCACCUCCUGACUCUCCUACCUCACUGGCCCCAAGCCCCGCCCCAGCUCCUGCUUCCCCAGCCCACCAGUCAGCUACUCUCAGCCCCUCAUCUCCCCCAACUUCUCCUAGCCAGGCCUUGUCCUCACUCAAGGCUGUGGGUCCACCACCCCAAACACCCCCACGAAAGCACAGGGGUCUGCAGGCUGCUCAGCAAGCAGAGCCCACCCCACCCAGUGCCCAGGCCACCCCAAGUGAACCCAAGUCUUCCGUCCCUGACACUGGGACCCUGACCCCAGCCUCUAUCCCUCAAGAGGUCAAACCGGCAUCUUCCUCUACUCCCCUGUAUAUGGUGACCUCCUUUGUGUCUGCACCACCAGCCACUGAGCCCCCAGCCCCUGAGCCCCCCCCGGAGCCCACCAAGGUGACUGUGCAGAGCCUCAGUCCAGCCAAGGAGGUGGUCAGCUCCCCUGGGGGUGGCCCCCCCAGCUCACCCAGGCCAGAGGGCACUGCUCUUCGACAGGGUCCCCCUCAGAAACCCUACACCUUCCUAGAGGAGAAGGCCAGGGGCCGCUUCGGUGUAGUGCGAGCAUGCCGGGAGAAUGCCACCGGACGAACGUUCGUGGCUAAGAUUGUGCCCUAUGCGGCGGAGGGCAAGCGGCGGGUCCUGCAGGAGUAUGAGGUGCUGCGGACACUGCACCAUGAGCGGCUCAUGUCCCUGCACGAGGCCUACAUCACCCCACGUUACCUCGUUCUCAUCGCCGAGAGCUGUGGCAACCGGGAACUCCUCUGCGGGCUCAGCGACAGGUUCCGGUAUUCAGAAGAUGAUGUGGCCACCUAUGUGGUACAGCUGCUACAAGGCCUGGGCUACCUGCAUGGCUGCCACGUGCUGCACCUGGACAUCAAGCCAGACAACUUGCUGCUGGCCCCUGACAACGCCCUGAAGAUCGUGGACUUCGGCAGUGCCCAGCCCUACAGCCCCCAGGCCCUGAGGCCCCUUGGCCACCGCACAGGCACGCUGGAGUUCAUGGCUCCUGAGAUGGUGAAAGGAGACCCCAUCGGCUCUGCCACAGACAUCUGGGGAGCGGGUGUUCUCACUUACAUCAUGCUCAGUGGGCAUUCCCCGUUCUAUGAACCAGACCCCCAAGAAACAGAGGCUCGGAUUGUGGGGGGCCGCUUUGAUGCCUUCCAGCUGUACCCCAACACCUCCCAAAGCGCCACCCUCUUCUUGCGAAAGGUCCUCUCAGUACAUCCCUGGAGCCGGCCCUCCCUGCAGGACUGCCUGGCCCACCCAUGGCUGCAGGACGCCUACUUGAUGAAGCUGCGCCGCCAGACGCUCACCUUCACCACCAACCGGCUCAAGGAAUUCCUGGGCGAGCAGCGGCGCCGCAGGGCUGAGGCUGCCACCCGUCACAAGGUGCUGCUCCGCUCCUACCCAGGCAGCCCCUAGCAGCUUGGACCACAGCCGGGCCUCUGGCUUCCACUUGGGGUUCCCACUGAUGCUGUGGGCCAUUCCAGGGCCCACACCGAGCCUGUUGGGCCUGGGGCUUCAGACUCCACCAGCAGUAACAUCCGGCCAGGCUAUUACCUCAUGGACCUGUGGGGACAGAGGCCCCUGGGCUUUGCAUGAUGCCACCCAGGCCAGAGCCAGAGCAGGAGACCCAUUGGCCAGGCUGGGUGGGGCCAGAAAGGAGCUGGAAGAGGGGCAAGGAGGGAAUGGGGAAGUGACCAGGAGAAGGAGCCGAGGGAUAGGGAGGGGGUGACUCUAGGGAGGUUCUGGGAGUGAGGGACAAGUCAUUGGGGAGAACCAACUCAGGAGGGUGAGUGACUGGAGAGGAGGAGAAGGAAGGAGCCCAGGGUGUUGGGGCAUGGGCUCCUGUGUCAGUGAAUCAGGGACAGGAAAUGGAGACAGAGUUACUGUGUGAGAGAAAGUCUGGAGGUGGGGGAGGGAGAGAAGAAAGGACUUGGGUGGGGGUGGGGUGCGCCAGCUGCCAGCAUGCCCAAAAGGAGGAAGGAGAAAUGAGAAGCAUGGUAGUGGGGUGCGGAGAGUGCUGGAGGCUGGAGGCAGUGAUCAGCAAGCCAGCACUCCUAUCCCGGUGGACGCAGCUCUGGACACGGUGCUUGCCCAAGGAUGUCCCCACUGCCCCUCGUGGCCUUCGCCCUUCUUCCAAUUCAUAUUUAUUUAUUUAUUGACUUUUAUGAAGUUUCCCUUCCAUCCAAUCCCUAUUGCCCAUGUUGUCCUGGCCAUCCCUGCAGCCAUCCAGUUGUCUGUGCAGCUGUCUGUCUGUCUUUCACAAGGAAAAUAAAAACGGCAAGCAGCAGGA